AAAAAAAAACAUCUACACCAACUACUACUACUAAACAAAAAAAGAAAAACGAUACAGAGAGCGGAAGGAAGAGAGAGAGCAGCGCAAAAGAACAGUUAGCGUUUCGCGCUUUUCCGAGAGGACAGCGAACGAGCAGAGAGGAAGAGGAAGAGCGACGAGGACGAGGACUAAGGAGGCAUUCAUUCCACAGAGUCGCCGUUGAAGAAGAGGAAGAAGAGUGUGUGUGGUAGUAGCUGGCUUCGAAAGCGGGCUUUCCAGGACCACCCCCCCAUCCAACAACAAAUUUUCCAGGACCCCCGCUCCACAACAGAGACCAUGUCGCUGCAAACGAAACGCCAGCACUGCUACCUGUGCGACCUGCCCCGCAUGCCAUGGGCGAUGAUCAGCGACUUUUCGGAGGCCGUGUGCCGCGGUUGCGUCAACUAUGAGGGCGCCGAUCGCAUCGAGGCGGUGCUGGACGCCGCCCGUCAAAUGAAGCGACUCCAUCCCGCCAGCAAGCGUGCCCACGAAAACGGCGAGGUGGCCGUCGUCCUGCAACAGCAAGCGGCCCAACAACAGUUACAGCAGCAGCAGGUACCGCCUGGCUCACACAGAGGCGCACCGCCACCGGGCGGGGCACCGGGUCCAUCCGGCACCGGACCAUUAUCACUGGGCGCUGUGGUGGCAGCCGCCUCGGCUGCUGCCCAUCAUCAUCAUCAUCAACAGGCGGUGGCCGCUGGCGCCUAUCAGAUGCCCGUCCCCCGUAUCGGACCACCGCUCGAUUAUCCCGUCAAGCUGGAGGAUGCACCCGGCGGCGGUGUACGUCCCGUUCGCAUUUCACACAUGAAUCCCCUCCAUUUGCGCGGAGGCGGCGUGGCCGGUGGUGGCGGCGGCGUCUCAGGAGGCGGCGGAGCAUCGGGAGCCGCCUCGGGUACCGCCCUGCCACCCGCUCUAUCGGUUAACCUCAAACGUCCACCGUCCGACGACGUGGACGUGGAUGUGGCCCAACAGAAUGCCCAUGGCAUACCGCCGGACAAUGCGGCGCCCCUCUCGGCCGGCGGCGGCGGUGGCGGCGGUCCGUCCGGCGUUAAGCGCAGCGCCAUGGAUGACCCCGCUGGUGGAGGAGUACGACCACCGCUAACACGCGGCGAAUCCCUGCCAGCAGCCGUGAGCUAUGUACCGGAACGCCAGCUGGGCGGAUUAAGGGAUAAGCAGCAGCCGGUUCGGGCGCCCAGCUUCGAUGCCUCGACCUUCAAAGCAGAGCACAUGUCCCCGGCCAGCCGACGCAAUGGAUCGAGCCCGCCCUCGGGGCCCAUGCCCCCGCGCAGCGUACACUCGCCGAACAGUUCGGGAUCCUCAUCGGGUCGCCGUUCUUCGGGAUCACGUCAUGUUUCCAGCACUACGGUAACUAGCUCCGAGGUGGGCGGCUCCAAUCCCAGCCAGGCGGUGGUGGCCGGCGGCCUGGCCGGCGCUGGCGGAGCUGCCGGUGGCUCUCUGGGCGGACCGGGCGGCGCUGGCAGCGGACAGUUGAGCAGCUGCACCAGCGGCGGACCCAGUGGCGGUGCAAGCGGCGGCAGUGGCGGCAACGGGGCACCCGGCGGAGCGUCCAUGGGGCCCAAUUCGGUGGCCGGUGACGGCAGCCCGGCUAGCGGCGGCAGUGGCCCGUCCGGCAGCAAUGGCAGCGGAGGAUCGGUGAAUCCCGGACCGGGCAGUAGUGGCAGCCAGGGAGGUGGUGGCGGCGGUGGUGGAGGGACCCCGCUGUCCACGCUGGGUGGCGGUGGAGCGGCGGGCGGGGGCGGGCUGAGCGGAGCCCCCGGAAGCAGUGCCGCCUCGAAUUCGGCAGCCGCAGCGGCGGCAGCAGCAGCCGCCCAGAAUGCCACGCUGAAGUGCACCCUCUGCCAGGAGCGUCUGGAGGAUACACACUUUGUGCAGUGCCCGUCGGUGAAUCACCACAAGUUCUGCUUCCCCUGCAGCCGCGAGAGCAUCAAGCGCCAGAAUGGACUGGGCAACGAGGUGUACUGCCCCAGCGGAGAUCGAUGUCCUUUGGCCAAUUCGACGAUACCGUGGGCCUUUAUGCAGGGCGAGAUCACCACCAUCCUGGGCGAGGAGGUGAAGGUGAAGAAGGAGCGCGAGUCUUAAUGUCCGUUUUACUGUAAGAAGCUGCGCAGAGCUUUGGAGAACUUUUGAGAGGCGCCCGGGGGCACCGCAUCCUGGCACCUGACAGACACACACACACAUACAGUCCCUGGCAUAUAUAUCCCCAUCCCCUAGACCGGGGCGGGGUGGGACUAAUUUUAUUUAUUUUUUUUUUUUAAUUUUAAUUUUUAUUUUAUUUUAUUUUAUUUUUUUUUUUAACUAUGGCGGUGACAUCAGAAUUGCAUCUGAAUUUGUCCAUGACGACCGACCAACAACAACAAAAACAACAUCAAUUUUGUAGACGUUUAAGAAGAAAAGAGAAGAGAGAAGAUUUUCAAAAAAGAAUCCAGAAGACCAGCAUGCAAGUCCGCAAAAAAAGUAAAAAGAAAGAAACACCAACAAAUGUUGAAAAAAAAUUUGAAAAAACAUUUUUUGUAGCAUACUUGUAGGCGGCGUUGGGAAAUUGUCCAAAAAAAGAAAAAAACAAAAACAAAAGAAACACCAACAAAAAAAUGAAAAACUUACGAAACAAAAAGCAAAAAAACAUGCAUACGUAGCCAAGUGAGAGAAACUUUAAAUAUUUCUUAAUAAAAAUAAAAAAAAAAACAAAAACAAAUCUUAAUUGUAGCGGAAAAAAAAAACACAAACAAAUAAAUGAGAAAAAGAAAGAGAAUACACUUGCUGGUAGUAGAAAUAAAAUCCUCCUUUUUUUUUUUAAAUACGAGUAUACUUUUAUGCAAAAAAAAGGAUAUAAGAUAAUAAAACUAAAAAAACCUAUAUACUAUAUACAAUAACUAUAAAUUCUGUUAUGUAGGAGAGCGAUUUAAAUCAUAAGUUACGCUUAGUUCGUACUAAUUAAUUAAUUUAUUUCUAUACAUGUUGCCUAAUUUACAAAAAAAAAAAACUAUAUCCCUCAAAAUUUAUAUCCUAAAUCUAAAAACAGUUUUUUUUUUGAUUAUUUUGUAUUUUUUUUGGUAAGAUUAAAUUUUUUUGUAUUUAAAAAAAAAUAAUUUAAAGAAAGAAAGAAAAAAAAAACCACGAAAUGAAACGGAAAAGAAAGAGAGAAAAACAGUUAAUAUGCUAAAGAUCUGUACAUACGUAUGCAUACCACAUAAUCGGAAUAUAAAAUAUAUACAAAAUAUUUAAUAAUAUA